AUGUGCCAUGUGCCAUGUGCCAUGUGCAGCAUCAAGGAGGCUCCAUGGCUCGCCCUCACACUCUCACUGGCUGUCAUUUCUCCUUCUCUCCACCCUGCCCACAGCGAUCCUGACAGCAUCAACCGCAUCGAACCGUCUCACACUGCACGCCCUAGUGUCCUCUCUUCCCCCCCCGCUCCCUUCCUCUUCAUGGCAGCACAACGCCCCACGCGUGAUACCACAGGUGCAGGCGAUGGUGGAGGAGACCUGGCCUGGGCAGUGCGUCAUGUGCCGUUUUGUCCUCUCUCUCCCCCUCCUCCCCCCCAUAUGGCAGCACAACGCCCCACGCCUGACGGCUCAGCUGCAGGUGAUGGUGGAGGAGAGCGAGGAGCACAAUGGCCCAGCUCACGCAACACCUCGAGAUGUUGUCUUGUCCUCUCUUCCAUCUCCCCUCCAUUACAGCACAACGCCCCUCGCCUGACAGCACAGCUGCAGGCGAUGGUGGAGGAGAGCGAGGAGGCGUACGGUGCAGAAUGGGAAGCGCCUGACAGCAUCAGCAUGGAGGGCAGCAACGGCGUGAAGCACAUGCGCAUGGGGGACAUCUCGCCCUUCACGCGCUUCAAGUACAGCCUGGUGCACGCAACGCCCGAUGUGUCGGUCCCCAAGGGGGGUGAUAUCUUCGUGGUGGAUCGCAGCAAGCUGCCCGUGCUGCACCACGUGGGGCUCUCUGCUUUCCUCUAUCACCUGCAGCCAAAUGCACUCCUAGCCCCCCACUGGUAUCCCAACGCUGCUAUCCUGCACGUGGUGCUGGCGGGCAGUGGCCGCAUUGAGGUGGUCUAUCCUGACGGCCACACCGCUCUGCACCGUGAUGUUCACACGGGGGAUGUUAUUGCCGUGCCCGCACUCUUCCCUUCGUCCAUGGAGGCGUCUGAGGAGGGAAUGAUGUGGAUUGCUAUCGCCAACCGUCCGCUCUCUCCCCCAUCCUUCCUGGCGGGGGCCACAUCGGUGUUCAAGGGUAUCCCGAAGCGCGUGCUCAUGGCUGCAUUUAACGUUGAGAAGGAGCUUGAGGAUAAGUUCUACAAGGCCCGCCGCGACCCCGAACCACCAUCCUCCCAAAUGACUUGCGUCGCCCCUAUGAGGGCUUGCGCGCUCCUCUCCCGCCUCUACUCGCCACCCGCCACGCGUCUGUCCGCCUUUCGUCGCCACGUGUGUAGCGCGCCAAUGGGGUUCGUCGUCGCGUCGAGCCAAUCAAAAGUGCAGUUCGUGGAGCUGCAGGGGCAGGGCCUGGCGGAGCGGAAAGCCGCCAUUCAUGAUCUACGAGUCGUACCUCUGGAGGGACCCUCACGCUACAUCAGACCACGGAGUAUUCGCUACAAGCAGCACGGCAAGGACCGUCGAUGGGACAUGGUGCAAUCGCAUCCGUCGGUUGCGGUGCUGCUCUUCCACACAGAACUCCAGAUGCUCCUCAUGGUGCGGCAGUUCCGCCCCACAGUACUUGCAGCAGCAGCAGCGGCGGCGGCAGAGGGGGAGGAAGAGGGGAACGAGGAGGGCGUCAACCUGACAGGGGACCUUCAUUCUGCCUUCACAUACGAGCUGUGUGCGGGCCUGGUGGACAAGGCAGGCAAGGACCUUAGACAGAUUGCCAAGGAGGAGGUGUUGGAGGAGACGGGGUACGACGUGCCACUGGAGUCACUACAGCUGGUGACGGCUGCUCUCACGUCCGUGGGGAUAUCCGGGGCCCGACAGACAAUGUUUUAUGCUGAGGUGAACGAAGCUCAAAGAACUCAUGCUGGGGGAGGCAAGGAGGACGAGGGCGAGGCCAUAGACGUGGUGGGUUUACCCCUCGCCCAGCUGGACGCCUUCAUUGCUGACGUGGACCUGCCCAAGAGCCCUGGGGGGCUGUUCGGGGUCGCAUGGUUCAAAGCUACAGUGCUGCCCACUUUGCAAGGCUCAAGCUGA